AUGAUUCUGGAAAAUAAGGAAGAACUAUACAAACGCAACUACAACUCCAUCAAAGUCUUGUUUCGGGUAUCUUACACGUUGGGUGUAAAUUUAACCGCGCCUGAUAAAUUCAAGGAUUCAUUAAAAAUCAUACCACUUAUAGCUGAGACCGUUUUCACUGCUUUGCAAAUUGGCAUGGCCGCCAUUAAAAUGAUAUAUUUCUUCUUCACACAUCGUACCUUCUACCGUCUGCUGGAUCAGACUUUAACACAUGAAAUAAUACGCAAAAUAGAAAUACUUACUGAUUUUCCAAUAGAUCGGCAGUUGAGGCAAGAGAUCGAUGACAUAAUGAAUCGAGUUUGGCGCAACACUCGACAUCUAUUUUUAUUUUAUUUUUGUUGUUGUGUUGGUAUUAUUGCCAAUUACUUUUUUACCGCCUUCUUCGUGAAUCUCUAUCAUCAGCUGAAGCAAACACCCGAUUAUGAGUUCUUUCUGCCUGUUCCGGCACUCUACCCAUUUUGGGAAAAGAAAGGCAUGGCAUUUCCCUACUAUCCUAUACAAAUGUAUAUGACCGGUGCAGCGCUCUAUGUUUCAGGCCUAGGUGCGGUGAGCUUCGAAGGCGUCUUUAUGGUGCUAUGUCAGCAUGCAGUUGCUUUAGUGAAGGUCCACAAUUUGUUGGUGCAACACGCCACUUCACCACAGAUACCGACUGAGAGGCGGCUAGAGUACCUACGAUAUCUCAUAAUUACGUAUCGGCGCAUAAGCAAGUAUUUGCAAGAAAUCAAAACAAUUUUCAGACACAUCAGCUUGGUACAGUUCUUGCUUAGCUUGUUUGUAAUGGGCUUUGUGUUAUUUGAGAUUAGUUAUGGGUUGGAAGCCAGCAUAGUUAUCCUCAUACGUAUGAUCAUGUAUAUAUCCGCUUCAAUAUCUCAAAUCACUAUAUACUGCUAUCAUGGGCAGGCACUUACUAGUGCGUGCGAGGAAAUCCCACUGGCUUAUUACAAUUGCGAUUGGUAUGGCGAGAACAAAACAUUCAAAAACCUCAUAUUGAUGAUGAUUAUACGAACAAAUGAAGAGUUUAAUAUGGAAGUAUCAUGGUUUACUCUGAUGAACUUGACCACAUUGAUUUCUUUGCUGAGAGCGAGUGGAUCCUACUUUUUGCUAUUGCAAAAUCUUCAAGAAGAUUGA